AUGGUAGAGUUCAGUUCAGUGGUGGUUCAGUGGGGGUUCAGUGGUGGUUCAGUGGGAGUUCAGUGGGGGUUCAGUGGUGGUUCAGUGGGGGUUCAGUGGGGGUUCAGUGGUGGUUCAGUGGGGGUUCAGUGGGGGUUCCGUGGUGGUUCAGUGGGGGUUCAGUGGUGGUUCAGUGGGGGUUCAGUGGGGGUUCAGUGGUGGUUCAGUGGGGGUUCAGUGGUGGUUCAGUGGGGGUUCAGUGGUGGUUCAGUGGGGGUUCAGUGGUGGUUCAGUGGGGGUUCAGUGGUGGUUCAGUGGGGGGUUCAGUGGUGGUUCAGUGGGGGUUCAGUGGGGGUUCAGUGGUGGUUCAGUGGGGGUUCAGUGGUGGUUCAGUGGGGGUUCAGUGGGGUUCAGUCGGGGUUCAGUGGUGGUUCAGCGGGGUUCAGUGGGGGUUCAGCGGGGUUCAGUGGUGGUUCAGUGGGGGUUCAGUGGUGGUUCAGUGGGGGUUCAGUGGGGGUUCAGUGGGGGUUCAGCGGGGUUCAGUGGGGGUUCAGUGGUGGUUCAGCGGGGGUUCAGUGGGGGUUCAGUGGUGGUUCAGCGGGAGUUCAGUGGGGGUUCAGUGGUGGUUCAGUGGUGGUUCAGUGGUGGUUCAGUGGGGGUUCAGUGGUGGUUCAGUGGGGGUUCAGUGGGGGUUCAGUGGGGGUUCAGUGGUGGUUCAGUGGGGGUUCAGUGGUGGUUCAGCGGGGUUCAGUGGGGGUUCAGUGGUGGUUCAGCGGGGGUUCAGUGGGGGUUCAGUGGUGGUUCAGCGGGGUUCAGUGGGGGUUCCGUGGUGGUUCAGCGGGGUUCAGUGGGGGUUCAGUGGUGGUUCAGUGGGGGUUCAGUGGUGGUUCAGCGGGGUUCAGUGGUGGUUCAGCGGGGGUUCAGUGGUGGUUCAGUGGGGGUUCAGUGGUGGUUCAGUGGGGGUUCAGUGGUGGUUCAGCGGGGUUUCAGUUGGGGUUCAGCGGGGGUUCAGUGGGGGUUCAGUGA